AUGGUUGAAGUGUUAAAUAAAGAGCCUUACAUGGGGAAGUAAGACCCAUUCGGUGAGUUUGCACACUUUCCUAAAUUGAGGUGUUUUCAAGAUAAAAUGUAACCACUGUUUACGUUUCUCUAGGUGGAUCAUACCAUAAACGUAGAGAAUUUGCGAGUACUGUUUUACCUUGGCCGAAUCUAUCUUAUAAUGAUAAUCGGCUCCUCUUCUCUCGCGCUUCUCUCUUAGAUAAUGGGGGACGACUGGGAACGAGUCAGGUGCAAUGGUAUCCCUGGAACAGUCAUUCGUGAGAAAAUUAAAACUAUAUAUGUGAAGAACUGACCCCAUUUGAGCGUUAUAGGCUUAGUCAAAGAAAUACGUUUGCAUUAUAAUGGUAUAAGGGCUUUGACAGUUGCAUUGAUUACUAUAGGUGCCGGCAGUUCAGUCUUGCUGUUUUAAAUAUUUCUGUGAGUCCAAAUCUACUGUCAGUAAUGUACCUAAUAAAAGUCAUGUAAUUAUAAUCUAGGUGGCUUAACUUUGAGAAGGUCAUCAGUGCUUUGAAAGAGCGAAAUGUACACUAUUUGGAAGUUGAACAAAUUCAAGCCAUUGCCAGGGACAAGUGCUUUGUAACUGACGAAGACGAGUUCAACCUCAUGAUGAAUUUUUACCAUGACUUGGGAAUAAUUGUGAAGCACACCAACACAGUCGUUGUGAACGCCCAUUGGUUGAUUGACGUGUUCAGGAAGCUGAUUACCAUUCCAAACUUAAAAGGAAUGGUAAGUAAAUAUACUCAAUUAUAGUAACAAAUGAAAAGCAUGUUUUGUUCUCUUACCAAACUAAUCAUAACUAUAACAAAAUUCUCAAAUCUGAUUGGCUAUCAACUGCCCUGAUUUCAGCCUUAAUUGGACAGUUUGAUAGGACAGUACGCGUCAUGCCUAAGUAAUUGGACAGUACGCGCCAUCACGCGCGCGCUUAAAUGGCUUUUUUUUUUCAAUGCUAGCAAAAAAUAGCCUUAAUAGAUUUAAAAAAUAGCCUAUUAUAUCACAAAUUUUGUUAAAGUUAUGAUUAAUUGGUAACAGAACUUCGUGUCGUCCAAUUCGGUCUGUAAUCAUACUCGUGAUUAAACAAAUCGGACUCCCGCUACGCGGUCGUCCGAUUUUGUUAAUCACUCGUAUGAUUACAGACCGAAUUGGACUCCACUCAGUCCAGUUACCAUUACUUAUCAGGUUCAGAUAACGGGGUUAGGUUGGGGUGGGGGAAUGGGGGUGAGAUGGAUCUACUCCGGUCGUUUAGAUGUUCAACACAAUAACGUCUAAUAAAACAUAUCUUCCGCUGGGGUAAACCUGUCUCAUUUGUUGUCGUAAAUCUUUUCAAUUAUUCCAUUAUUAUUGACACUUAAACCUGGUUUAUACGUCGGAUUAAUUCAGACGAAUUAAAUUCACGCCUUUUAAAGCAGUUAUUUCUUCGACGAUGCUGCGAAGUAUGAGAUUAAUUUAAAACGUCUGUAGAAUGUCUCAUUUUAGACAUUGUACAAACGACGCAUCGAAUUAAAUGCAAUGUUAAUGUGUAUUAAUUUGUUAUAGCGUAGGAAACUGAGAGGGUAGGCUGAGGUGGUGCCAGUUUCCUUCACUGCGCAUAGGCACAAGUUCAACGGGCUCCCAUUCCAGAAGGUCAUGGGUGCGUUUUACUGACCCCAAACAAUACUAAAACAAUUAAAAGGAUGACAUCUCAUUGUUUCCUGCGACCAAUUACGAGAGACCUUAAGAGCAGCUGCUACACUACUGAUUCCAGAGCCUGUUCUGGGGACGAGAAUGUCGAUUUAGCGCCAUUUUUAUUGUUAUUCUGCGUGUAGUAAACAAGGCGUUUCCGUGGAGGAACAUUUUGUUUUCGAGCCUAUAUUGUAACGGCAGCUCUGUGACUAUUUUUUUUCUCGAGUCGGCUCGGAUCCUCCUGCUUAGUUCAGUGGUAUAAAAGCACCGACGUCAGCAAAAGGGGACCAUCCGAGCUGUUCGAGGCACUGAAACCUUGACUGAAACAUAAUAAAUCGACGUCGUUUUAUUAUGUAUUAGUGGGGGUUGUCAGUUUCAAGCGACUCAAAACUCCACAAAAAUGCAGAAGGUGACCCUAAAUUAAAAAACGUAUGGUAAGUUAUCUUUGUUCAUCUUUCUUACCUGCCUUACAUUGACAUUUGGGAUUAAAAGGUGCAAACCUCUUUGUUUUAUGAAGCAUUCAUUGAGCAUUCUCCCGAUCACUUCAAUCAAGCCGAGAGCGCGCUAGCUUUACGAAAUAAAUUUUAAGUGUCGGUAAUUUAAACCAAGUCUAACUUAGGCCGCGGUUUAGCAAAUCUUUGUACCUCCAGAUAUCUUCCUUAGCGGGUAAUUUUAAGAAAAUAAGUGCUUUUCCAGCGUACGCCUUAUGCUUUCAUGAAACCUUUCACGGUAAAUGGUGUAAAGAUAAGCAUUAGGCAAACAGAAAAGGGCUUCGAACGCAGUUUUGUUAAACACUGGCUAAACUCUGUUUAAAUAACUGGCCCUAGAUGUUUGGGAUCACAUAUCGCGCGUGACACCACGAUGCCUCCAACAGUUCUGUUGGACCGCCUGUGUAUUCAGAUUAAAUUCGUCAACAAGACAGAUUAAAUGGGCCAUUUGCACGAUGGCGUCAUUUUACUACCGAGACCAGAAUUCUUUUCGUUUUUCCUGUGAUAUUUCAAUUUGGUAAUCCCGCGAGAUUAAAAUGACAAAAUCCGUGACAAGAAAGGAAAGCCCUUAAGGAUUCUGGUCGUAGUAGUAAAAUGAUGUCAUCGGCAAAUAACUGAGACUACGAGUAGUCCCCCAUUUUCCUCAGGGAUAGUAGAGCGAGUGAAACGCGAGCGUGCGUUAAAAUCACCCUACGCGAGAAAAGGCGACACGCGGCGGGAAGAGAGAAAAAUCGCGUGUCGCCUUUUCUCGCGUGGGGUGAUUUCACGCGCGCUCGCGUUUCGCUCGCUGUACUAUCCCUGAGGAAAAAUGGGGGACUACUCGUAGUCUAGCAAAUGGCCUAUUCGUCGUCUAAAUUAGACGGCACUUUACGUCGACUUAGCAAAGGAUCGAAUUUGAGUUAAAUGAACCAUUUUCCAGUAAUCGCAGACCUAUGUUAUGUGCAUGGUAUUCUGGGAUCGCCAGGGGGGCAAACAUGCAUUGCGGGUCGCUUCAAACAAUUGUAUGGCGAAAAGCAGUUUCACCGUCAAAAGCAAUGUCGUCCAUCCUCGGAGACCCAGGGACAGGUAAAGGGGGCGAGGGAAAGUCUAAACGGGCGGGAAAAUAUAUAGGGAACAAAGAAAAGUAAAGAACGGCGAGAAGAGCCCCUGGGGACAAUGUCUUAUCAGACCAGUUCCAAACGGUCGCCGCCGUUCUGGCUUCUGAUUGGUGCCAGAAAAACACAUACUCGUCAAGGCCAGUUUGGAAGUUGCCUCCAUCCCGGGAAACGGCUACAGAACAAAGAUUUCUCAAUGCAAUUUAUAAAUCUACCUGCUCGAAAGAAAAAAAAAAGAAAACAAGAAAACCUCUGAUUCAGAAGCGUUGAUUUGCACUGAGAGCUUAAGACCAGGCUCCAUUGUGGGAAAACGGAGCGAAUAACGAGGCAAGCGCGAAAUAGGCGAACCAAUGCGCGCCGAUUUUUUCGCGCAGUCCACCCUAUCUUUGGGUUUUGUUUUUUCCCUUUUUUUUAAUUUAAGGAAUUUCGUUCUUUUACAAUUUUUUAGUAAAAUUAGUGAUGUUCAUUUUUUUGGUUAUCCGCAUCCGCCAUCAGCGGGUAUCCGGUCCGCGUUGUACAGAGACCGUGGGCAAGAAAUCGUGGUAACUCAAAAUAUGGCCUGUGGAACAUCCUUGCCUUUAUUCAAUAACCACCGUGUGUCUUCCAGCGAAAUGUAAUGCCAUUUCAUGUGAUUAUUUCCUCUUGAAAAAACGAGAAAGAGAAUUUAAGAAAGUGUUGUUCUUUUUUGUCCCGAAAAAAUGCUAGAUGUUUUUACUUGUAAUUACCUUUAAUAUUUGCUCAAGUAACAAGUAAACAGCUAUUAAAGAGCAGCUUACAUUAAAUCAUAACUAAGUAUGAGGAGUCCAAUUUCUAAAAGCUGUUUAGCUUCUGUUGGGCCUCCUCGCCACUCUAUCUAUUACAAAUUAAAAGUUAAGUCACUUAAUAUUACAUUUAAUUUUGGACUAUUUUUGUAACUUUUCCUGCCCUAUAAAUUUGCAAUCUUAGUAAGAUAUAUAUUUUUCCUUUUUCUUUCUGUAAUAUUCAUUUUCUGUGGCAAAUGUAAAAUAAAUAAAUGAAUAAAUAAAUAAAUAAGAUGUUUUGGAUCGAAAUCGUGAAUUUUAGUUGGGAGGUGGCAUUCACUCAGCUAAUCACCACCCCCUUCACCUGCAAAGCCCUUACAUUCCAUGAUUAAUGUCUUACAUAACAAUUAGAUAAUAUAUUUUGCUGUCAUUGUUUCAUUUAGGAUCCAGUUCCUAAAAACGAAUGGAAGAACUUGCAAAAUACUGGUAUCCUCAGCACGGUGUUGGUUGAUCAUGUAUUUCGCCCUCUGAACGUUUCGAGCGUUGUCAAGAAGGACAUUUUAAGCUUGAUGGAACAUUUUGGUUUGAUCUCAAAGUUUUCUACUUCAAGUGGUGAAAAGUACUAUGUUCCAGCACAAAUGAGAGUGGGUAUUGGGUCCCUCCCGAACGUUGUACCUUCAAGUUCUGAUCCCUGUCCGUUGUACAUCGACUUUGACACUGGAUUUGUUCCCCAUGGAGUUUUCGCUCAAAUUGUUUGUCGCUCAAUCAGUUGGAUUUCAGGAAUGGAAAUUCACAAAAACACGUCUAAACGUCUUCGAAAAAAUCGUGGGAAAGAUGAUAUAAAAUUGUCCCAAAAUGGAGCUUUCUUCAUCAUUAGACGAGAUGUAACUGCCCACCGCUUAAAACUUGUCUGUAAGAAACGGUUUAUUAAGAUUGUUCUGAAGAAAGAAGGGGAAGCUCAGCAGUUUCCUGAUGAUAGUUCAAAUGAAAUGGCCACGCAAGUGCGAGAGUUCCUGGAAAACACUUUAGAGGUUUUGGCCGAUGAAUUCCGUUAUUUGCACGGCCUACAGUAUAGCCUUUGUGUUGCCUGUCCAUCGUGCGUGGUAGAAGGUCAAGAGUGUACAAAAUGUGGAAAAUUGUGCUGCAAACAAGAUACCUGUUUAGACCUCGUUGACGUCUAUCCAGGUGAUCAAAUGUUCUGUACAGUCACUCAAGAGGCAGUAAAAGUUAAUGGUAUUGAGCAAUGGUUUCCAAAGACAACAAAAGAGGUAAUGAGACAAUUAUUUUCAUUUCACAAUCAAAGAUACCUGACUGCUUCAACCUAGCUAAUCAGAUCUAAAACUAGCAAUAGUUCUCACUACAUCUGCCCCGCCUUAGACAUGACGUUUAUUUUGAAGUAUGUCUUUUAACGUUCAAUACGUAAUCUCUUUAUUUCUAUGCUCUUAGGUUGUGACAUGUUAAAACUUCGCGAAAAACGUUGCAGUGAUUACGGUUAAGCACUGAACAUAGUGAUUUGGGUUAAGCAUUUACAAUAGUGAUUAGGGCUAAGCACUGACUCGAAAUGGUUAGCUUUCAUUUACUGUUAGGUUUGUCACUAUAAAUAUAUACUAGUUAUAGCUAUUGCUAAGUGCCAACGUGCAAAGAUUUUACCUAUACGCGCGCGCUGUUGAAUUUGUUAAGAAAUGUCAUGAAAUACAGUAAUUGAUAAAAAAUAGAUUGAACUUACUUCGACUGCAUUGAAAAUAGUGCAAACUUAAAGCAAAGGGCACACAUACACCAACCCACGGCCGGACCGAUACCUCACGCAUGUGCACAGCCAUAUCACGCGGGCAGUGACAGCCACAGACAAUCAAUCAAUCAAUCAAUCAAUCAUUUAUUUUAACACGUUACGUCAAAGAGCUAAAAAACUCGUUCAAAAUACGAACGUGUAUAAAUAAAAUCUAUGAUAAUUACGGCUCUGUUAUAAUAUUUUUAAUUUUAAAAACAACUCAACAAAUAUAUACAUAUAAAAACUUGGUAAUAAAAACAUAAAAUAUAAAAGCUAAAACUGACUAAAAAGCCACAUACUAAAAAAACGUGACUAGGAAAACGAUAAUACUCGUUCUAAAAAAACAGUUAAAAUCUACCAUCGUGCACUAUAAGACACGUUCUAAAAAGCUGCGGUCGUGCAAUCUACUUCUGAAGUCAUUAGCAUCACUUGAAAGACGCACUUGAGAAGGCAAACUGUUCCAUAACUUAGUUAAUGAAUAAGUGAAAGAAUUCUUCUUAAAUUUAAGAUUAAAGUUAGGUAAUUCCAAAUUCAAGCCCUCGCCUCUUAGCCUAUACGGUGUAUGCCUGUAUUUAAAAGGCUUCCAAUAUAAGUAGGUCCCGUACCAUUUAAGCAUUUAAAAAGAAGUAUGGUGUAUGUUUGCUCAUUGCUUUAAUUUGUCUUUUGAAAAGAGUGAACUAAACUGUACUGUUCUACUGCAAAAAGAAUUUGAAAUCCCGACUUUACGCAGCAGAUUUCUCGAGAUAUUGAGGUUCGUGUUUUUGUCCGAACUUGCGCACAAGUCAUUUUGAGUAAAAUUUAGUGGUCUUAUAAGCAAACUUAAAAUCCUCGAAAAAUCAUAUUAAAGUCUGCGAAUAUUCAACGUACAGACAUAUCUGGUUUCUUUGUAAAGCUAAAAAAAAUUAUGGUGCAUGCGCCAAUGAAGCCAUCAGAAUUAUUUUGCUUCAUAGACAUGCAAUGAAAAACUUUCAGCGGGCCGGGCAAAUGCGACAAAUAUUGCGUAUGGGGGAAAUGAUGCACCCGACGAUUGGUUGAAGACGGGAUGAGCACGGGACUCACAAACACGCACACGGCUCGUGGAUUCUCUGAUCUGUAUCACGAGUUCGCUCGAAAACAAUGCAUUCUCUGUCCAGCAUUACGUCAUGGUUGUCUUACAUUACUCUAUCUUACAUCGAUUCGAGAUUUUUUCUGCUCCUGGAACAAUCGCGCACGGCUCUAUUAGGCUGCCGCCUCGCAGCCUCGCGUCUUCGCGCGAGGCUGCUCGUUAGCAAAAAUGAAAACAUAACUUGAAGUCGAAUCCACUGUGGUGUAGUGAUUUCGGUUUCAAGGAGCGCGGGUUCGAAUCCUGCUGAUGCCACGUUCAAUCUCUUUAUUUUCUCUAAAAAAACGAAGGGUUUUUGACUUAAAAAAAGAUUAGAAGAAUAGAAUUUUGAAGAGACUUAAAAAUUUCAUGUAAGUUUAGUUAAAAGAAGAUGGAAGAUGGAAUCUAAUGCUGCUGAAACAUUAACCGGGACCACCUUGCUCGCCUAGUUUCUUCGAAUUGAGAAGAUUUCUUAUAUUACCAAAACAACGCGGGGGAAGUUAAGGUGCCUCCUCAGGGCCGGAACCCUGGUGGGGCAACAAAAUUCUCCAAUACGAUUGGCUAUCGACAUCCCUGACUCUAGCAUUACAAACGACUUGAAUGCGGUCUUUUUCGUUCCCUUCUGGUAAAAUCUAUAGGAAGAUCUUGUUCUUUUGUGAACAAAAAUUGAAACUAUCAAGUCAAGUCAAUUUUUAUUUAAACUCACACGAAUAAUUAUAAUUAAUACAUAUUAGUGCUUUAAAAUAUAAAAUCGAGAGAUUGUGAAGGGAAAGAGGAUUUCAAUUGUAGGUUCAUCGUGCAGAUUUUGGGACACCUAAAUAGUUCGUGGAACUAACCGAGUAGGUGACCCAAACAAGAAUAUGAGUAGAAGGAAUAUAGAUACAAAAUAGUUAUUUUAGAUAAAAAGUAUUACUUCAUUAAUUAAAUAGUAGUUAAGAUAAUAUAAUCGUAAAACAUUAGGAAUCAAUGAUAGUAUUAUAACCAUCAAUCACAGAAUUCUUGAUAUAUUGACGAAAACUGGAAAACGGCUUGAUUUUCUUAACAUCAAUAGAUAAAGAAUUCCAAAGUUUAGGACCAGUGUAACUGAACGAACGAAUGCCGUAUUGAGUGGUAUGGACAGAUUUAACAAACAGAUUAUCAAUCUGUGAUUGACGUGUAUUAUGUGAAUGAAUACUGGGUUAAAAUAAUUUACAAAACAAGAAGGGCUUAGUUUAUGGUACCACUGAUAAACAAAACAGAGAAUUUCAAAAUGAAUUAUAUCAGAGAUUUUUAGGAGUCUGUGAGGCUUCAGCAAUGGCUCAGAAUGAGAUCUAGGGUCGGAAAAAGUCAUUCUGACGACUCGUUUUUGCAAAGUAGUUACUGGUCUUAGGUAGGUUGGGUAUGUGAGACCCCAAACUUAAAUACCAUAAGUAAGAAAGGGGUACAUAAGGGAAAAGUAAAGCAUAAUAAGUAUAUCAACAUUAACAUAGUACCUUAAUUUGGAAAAUAUGCCUACAGUUUUCAAUAGUUUUAAGCAGAGUUCAUUAACAUGAUUUUUCCUAGUUUGAGUCAAAAGUGACACCUAAGUAUUUGACCGUGGAAACUUCUUGGAUGUUCACACCAUCAAUUUUUAGAUUUAAUGUCUUGUAUGGUUUUAAGUCUCUUAGAAUGAAAAAGAACAAAAUUAGUCUUCAAAAUACUUAGAGCUAGUCUAUUAGAUUUCAUCCACUCAGCCACUGCAUGGAGCUCUUGAUUUAGGAUUAGUUCAAGAUCAUUAAGAGUGUGUCCAUGAGAAGACCAGGCAGAACCAGGCAGGGGGUGAUAAUGCUCAAAUCACCGAUUUCGCUCAAACUCGGCACAAAUGUUAGGUAUCAGGAGUUAACUUAUGUGACAGAAUGUCAGGUCAAAAUAUUAAAUUCCCUGGGAGAUCCGGGCUCCCCCUGUAAAAAUCGCCAUUUUGCCCGUUUUAUGCAUUAUUAAUUAGCUAACUUUACGAUGCCAGUGCAACAAACAGAAAAGCCACCCUGAAAUGCACUGAGAGAUAAUCUGAGUUCAUAAGACUUUAAGCACGUUAAACUGUUUAAAGUCGCCGAUUCGAUUUCCUCCCUCUGAGCCCCCUUAGUUGGGUCAUCAUUUCCAAGUUUUGAGUAAGUCGUAAAAUUAGGGUAUUUUAUUCCCAAAUAUCUCUGAUGAGCAACAGCUUAUCUUUAUAACUUUUGCAUGAGUAUUUAAAGCCAUCACUUAAGUUGAGAAAAAGAUCAUAAAAAGUUUGGGCAAUUCACUUUCUUCCAUGUGUUGACAUAAACUGUUCUUGUGACUGAACGACUUUUGCAUAUUUCAUCAAAAUUCAGGCCCUCACAAUAUUCGUGUGUUUGCCUUUGAAUGAUGAGAAAUCGAACAAAAAAAACUCAUCAGACAAUGAUUUAACAUUAAUAAGGGUAGAAUCGUUGAAAUUGUUGUGCAAGAAACUCUAACGAUGAAUUUUGAUAGCUAUAUACGCGAUCUUUUCAAGUAAAAACAGCAUACAAAGAUUUAAUUCACAGUUUUACUUACUUUAACAAUUUCGCCCUAAAAAACAAUAUAAACGGUCAAUAAAAUCCAUUUAUGUAUCUCUUAGAUGUCUCAACAGCUAGUUUGUGCACGCUUUGAUUUGUUCCCCAUGCCACCUUCGAUGUCCAGUUAAGCGUAGUUCAGCGUCGUGACUCGCUGUACGACCAAAAUUCCUUAGCCAUCAGUUUACGCACCAAAAUCCAAAUCAAGUUGUUUAAGGAGGAAACAAUACGAAAAGUAGAAAGCCGAUUUUUAACCCACUGAAAGAAUUGUGUCUGCCAUUGUUGUAGCUCAAUUCACAUGUUACAAACCCGGGUUACAAACGCCCGCCAUCUUUGACAUUAACUGGAGCCCGCAUUUUUAAGCAGCGGUUGCCACCAUACGGAAACAUCGUAUCGGGAGUCAGGAGCCAGGAGCCAGGAGCCAGGAGCCAGGAGCCAGGAGUGAGAGUCCAGUGAACAAAAUUCAGUCGAAAAUAUGACUUUCCGAUAUUCUUUGAGAUUAUUUUAUUGUUAUUGUAUGCUAAUAAAUAAUUUAGAAUUCCAAAUCUAUUGGCAACUUUAUUCAGACCAUGAUUAUAAAUGAUCCCGUGUCUUCUCAAACUCGAAGAUAGAAGUCGCUUUGUCUUCGUGUUUUGGAAAGAAAUAUUUUUUAGUUGCACGUGAAAUAUAGCAGCGAAGUGAAGCCGGAUCUUGGUGCAGACCAGUUCAAAGAGACAAAUAAAGCGUGAGAUACGUCCAGAUUGGCUUGCGACAAGAGUUCCAUUUUUUUUGUUUUUCAUAUUGGAGUUCCUUCUCCCGGGGAGUGGCACCAGAUUUGACUGUUUUUUUAUCUAGCACGGUCUUUUGGGGUCUUACAAAGCCUAACUGUGGCAGUAAUGUUCCCAAGUAGAAUUCAAAAUACACCACACUUUCACAUUGAUAUAGAUAUUUUUCUCAAACAACCGCUUCCAUAUGUUUAACACCCUUCCCAAAUUGUAAUACAGUGGAAGUUCUCGUAAGAGGACACCCUCGGGACGAGAAAAAGGUGUCCUUAACUGGAUCUGGCCGCUUACAAGAAUGAAUCUCAUACGGUAACUCUGAAACGGAUAUAUAAGAAUGAUUCAUAACAGUGACAAAGAGCGGUAUGACUGUGGACAUGAUAUGAAAAAAAAAAACAACAACAACAUUCAGAGGCGGAUAAGAUUUUCUUUCGAGUGUCUGCUUACGAGAGCUUUAAAUCAAAGCUAACAUCUAAUUCGCCGGUAAACCCUUUUAUGUCCGCGGCCGCCUACGGAAUGUAAAAAUCCAGAGUUUGUGUGGAAGUUGAAACGGGAUUUUGUGAUGGCGGUCGUAAGUAAGAGCUAUUUGCUAUAUACGAGUGUCCGUUAAGAGAACUUAAUCUACUGUAUGAAUCCGCAAAUGACAGCUUAAAUGAGAAGUGAAUAUAGUGUAUUCGUCUGUGUUCAAGAAACUGUUCUUUAACACCUUCCUUGAAUAGCUAAAGAAGUCUUGUCGACUUUUUUUUGCAGUGUAUUAGUGCCUCCUUUUGGGUCUUUUUGUAUUCCUCAGAAGUUUUUCCUCAACACUUUUAUAAACGGUUAUUAUUAUAUUUUUGUAGUCAAUAAUAUACCCAGAUACAGAUACCAACCUGUAUAGUUGUAAGACUACGAGGAUUAAAAUACAAGUAAGUAAGUCAGUAUACCCAGUGGCUAGUCAUUAAUUGUCUAAAAAUUGCACGGCACGGUCUGACUACAAAAAGGGCUAUUAUGGACCAUUGUUAUCAUGGUAAUUAAUGUCAACAUCGAAUAAACUCAAAAUUUCAAGUAACACGACUUUCACAACCUAUUUUCAACACACCAGUUAUAACAGGAUAUUGGCGCGUACAAACAAUAGAUAGCGUAUUCCGCAUUCCGGAGUCCGGUAGUCCGGCGUCGCAGAUUCCAUCGUUUAGGCAGAGUCCAAAGUCAAAGACGGUUGGUGUUCGAGCAGGUGGUUGUUUUCCGUAGGUAUAGACGGAUUGUCAGUGAUCUUUCUUGUCCUUUGAGAAUGAUUUUGUUCAGUCUGACUACAACUUAUUUCAAAGACUUCGAAUGUUCGGUGAAAAGCCGACACUGUUUCAAGAUGUUUCGAUUGCAUUACCUCGUCACGAAGUAACGCCACAGAGAACCAGACGAAACUGGAGCAGCAAAUCUGGACUAAAGCAUCUGAGAGACGUGAAUGUAACAUUUAUUCACUAUCUUUGAUCCUUGUUGGGUCUUGUUUCACCUAUAAGUUGGACCGAUCGAAGUUUUGAACUAAAUCUUUUGCUCCUUGUGUUUACUCAAGCGUUCCAUAAAAUAUCCAUCUAAACGUCCAUAAAAAAAAAAACAGAAAACAUGCCUCAGGUGACACUUUCUAACAAUUCCGCUAUUAGUAUCGAUAAUGAGGCAUCUGAUUUGUGACUUCUCGCCAACUUUGUGCUAUUUUUGUUUAAAAAAACGAAUGUUACGUUUUUUCGUAUUUUGGUUAAAUGACAAAUAAGAGUCAAGUCAGAUGUACAUAAUACGUCAUUAUUGAUAAAGUAUGAGAUUGCCCAAAUAUUUUAUGAUUGAUUUGAUAACCUUAAAGAUGUCUUUCAAAGAAUAUGUGAGAAUUAAGUACAUAGGUUGUUGCUCAUGGGAGAUGUUAGCCACUAAAAUACCUUAAAUUUAGGGUUUCGUCAAAACAGUAAGAAGAUGUCUUCACUUUAGGCCAAAUAAUAGCAAGAGAUGGAAUUAGAGAGUAAAAAUAAAUUACUGAGCAUUAAGUCUGAUAAACAUAGAAGACGAUAAAGUUGAUUAGAUUUGAAGUUGUCUUUUCUUCUUGUUGAACAGCCAAACCAAAAGUUAGCUAUUUAAUUAUGCAAAAAUGAGUAGAUUUUGUCGUUUUUAGGGGGGUCCCUGUAAAUCCCAGGGAAUUCAAUAUUGCGACCUUACUUUUUGUCGAGGUUAAUAUCUCACCACACCCAUCAAUUGUGCCAAGUUUGAGCGAAAUCCGUGAUUUGAGCAUUAUCACCCCCUGCCUGGUUCUCUCUUGGACACACUCUCAAGGUUUUUACGUGAAAAAUAUAUAUUAGUGUCAUCAGCAAAUAAGUGAAAACUAAGCAGUUUGGAGGUGUUCGGUAAAUCGUUAAUAUAUAGCAAAAACAACAGAGGUCCAAGAAUGGAUCCCUGAGGUACUCCACAAGUAAUUGAGAGAGAAUCAGAGUUAUGGCCAUUUAUGCAUAAAAAUUGUUCUCUAUUUGACAGAUACGAAUGAAACCAGUCAUAGGUUUUACCUCUCACCCGUAAUGAUUCAGUUUUGAUAAAAGAAUGGAAUGAUUAACUGUAUCAAAUGCCUUUUUAGGUCAAUAAAAAUGCCACAGCCAAACUCAUUGUUGUUGAGUUACGGAUUGAUUCAGUAAUUUUUAUCAGUGCAUGAUUUGUCGAGCACUUUUGUCUAAACCCAAAUUGAAGUGGAUAAAGAAUGUUACGAGAUUCAAGAUAGCCAUCUCAAAUUUUGUAUUAGUAAUGAUAAACUGGUAAGAGAGCUUGUGUUUAAUCACUGGUAUGGUUACCGACUGUUCACUUGCACUCCAUUCAGUCCUAUUACCAUAGUACACUCAAAAAUUUAAAUAAAUAAUAAACUAGUGAUAACCAAAGGUUAGGGAGUGCGGGCGUCAACGAUCAGGCCCCGGUUGUUCAAAAGAUGGAUAGCGCUAUCUACCGGAUAAAUCACUAUCCAACGGAUAAGUAUUAGGAAAACCAAUUGUGCUAUCAAGUGGAUGGAGAUUUAUCCGAUGGAUAGCGUUAUCCACCUUUUGAACAACUAGGGCCAAAGGUCUAAAUGAUUUUGCUCCAACUCUGUCAUUUGCGUAAGUUUCACGCGACAAAUGAUCAAACCACGCGUGAUCAGAUUAUGAGUGAUAAAAUGUCCAAACGCGCGUGAUCACAUUGCGUUUUGUGCAUUCCAUUCAUUCCUAGUGGAAGUCCAAACGAAUGCUGGCUGCAUACAUGCGACGCAUGCGUAAUAACAACCUGGCGAUUAGGAUUGCGGGCUCCUCUUGUCGCCCGCAAUUAGUCAAUUGAUUAAUAAGUCGCAAGGAUUAAUAUAUGGGUAAGGAAUAAUAUGCCCCCCACACGUAAAGUAUCAGUCACUUCUCUGUACUAUUUGAUGGUCUCACUGAUGCCUUUGAAAGAUUUAUUUUUUCCAUAAAGGACACAUCAUCCCCAAAAGUCCUUUCUCUCAGACAGGUUUGGUUUCAAAACUGGUUACAAAGAAGUGUGAGAACGGGCGCUAUUUCGGGUAAAAUUCGUUUUCGGGUUAGGUUGACAGGUUAAACCAGAAUUUCUUUGGCCUUUAUGAAUAGUUACACUAUUCACUUUAAAUCCACUUUCUGGGGGAGGGUACUUUACAAAGUUUUAUACAGAGAGGCUCCGCCUCAUGGUAUAACCCCCCAUCCUUUUAUACUCCAUAUUUGACUUAUGUGACAUAUUAAUGAUCACAAAACAAUCUGUUGCGCAAUUCUGUGUUGUUUGCCAAAACUUGUAUAAUGCUUAUAAAGCACUAUCCUAGAGUACCUUUAGUAACAGUGAUUUUGAAAUUAAAGUAACGUCCUAAUUUGGUUAUCUUGCAGGGAUGUCCUUUCACAUCAUCUGUUGGGGCGCAAAGUCUUCCAGGUAUUUCUGAUAAAACCUUAAAAAUGAAUUAGUUAUUAAUUAUUUCAACUAAAAUUUUAUUUGAUAAAACCUUAUUUAUUGCGUCGUCGAAGGAGACGCUCCCAAAGUGAGUCGUUGGGUGAUCUGCGAUUUCGUGGGGAGUCUGCGCAUAUUCUCAAGCGCGCGAAAUUGGUGAAAGAGGUUGUCCUUGCAAAAUAGCAUCGUUACAACACACUCUGGUGACCCAAACGUAUUGUGCGAGUUGGGAAUCUGGGUACUAGAAAUUGAAUAAUGGCGUUUGUAUUGAAUAACCCUAACAGAACUUUGCAAGGAAGUAGUGAUCUUUCAUUUAAAAAGUACAAAUAAAGUUUAAAAGAAAGUGUUAUAAUACCUCUCAAAGUCGUUUUUCCUCCGUUUUGGCCCUUUGAGUUCUGUAUUUGUUGUUAUACUUUUCACACUCUUACCAAGUGCAUACAAUAUCUGAAGGUUGGAAAGAAUUAAGGAAAGUCGGCGAAGUUAGUUAGAAUCGAACAAACAGCGACGAAAAAGGAUCGCAUUGUGAUUCCAACUUCCCAGUUUACGCGAUGAAUAGUUGGUCUAACUUUUUCCGACAUUUGAUUGCCGUGAAGUCACAGUCCCGAAGUGCUUUUUAGCGCUAAACUUUCACUAUCAUGCUCGAUAAUGGCGGUGCUGAGGCGACGUACCCAAAAGUGGCUACGCGCCAGUCCCUCCGCCGAAAUCUCCUACCAUCCACCAGUAGCCACGGGUAAUUCGCGCACGCCACACGCCACGUACAUCCACCCGGUACCUACCUCGAAGCCAAUUUUUGAAGAAGAGGAGGAGGAGUUGCCAAGACCAAAAAAGCUUCUCAGGCAGAACUUCUAAGCAUAUUAUGGCGCCUCUUCCACAAAUCAGACUUAAGAACCUUUGCGCAAAUAACGGUAGAUUUGGGGGGACCUUUCCUCGCAAUUCAAGGAAGAGGAUCGCGCAGGCAAGAGCGGUACUUAUGUUUGUUUACGUACCUGGCCACGAAAGCGGUUCACCUUGAGAUGGCCUUUGGACUUUACACUGAUUCAUUCCUGAGAGUCUACUAUAGAAUGGAGAGGACUACCAAGAGAGAUGUUAUCUGACCAUGGUACGAAUUUUGUUGCGGCCGAGAGAGAAUUUCGAGAACUGGGCGAAGCACUGGAUCCGAAAAAAAAGAGCAAAAACAAAAAAACAGCCAACAGCAACCAAAGGAGUCAUAUGGCACUUCAAUCCUCCACUAGCGCCCCAUUUUGGAGAGGUACACGAGACUAUGAUUAAAGCUGCAAAGCGGGCUGUGAAUGCUAUUUUAGGCAAUGCAGAUGUGACAGAUAAAGAGUUAGGAACAGCAUUGACAGGAACACAAGCAUUGUUAAAAUUCGAGAACCCUCAUGUACCAAUCAGCGAAUCCUGAAGAUGAUGUACCAUUGACACCGAACCACUUUCUGAUUGGUGAAGUUGUUGGCCAAUUCGCCCCAGAAUCCGUUGACGAGACCAGCUAUAGUCUAAAGAAAAGAAGGGUGCCGGAACUAGUUAGACACUUUUGGCAUCGUUGGCCCAAAGAAUGGAUCCCACGUUUUAACAUGAAAAGGAAAUGGCUGAAAGAAGAACGAGACCUCCAAACAGGGCACGUUGUGUUAGUCAUAUCGCCCAACGGACCUCGUGAAAAUUGGCCUCUUGGGAGAAUCGUCGUGUUGUAUCAAGGGAAAGAUGGCCAUGUACUGGUGGCAAGAGUUCAAGUGGGGAAAAACCAGCUCAAAAAACCCAUUUCCAAGUUCCGUCCGUUGGAUCUGCUGUAAAAAUCCCUUACGUAGAAAUAGAAUUGAAUUAAAGCAAGGAAAAGAUUUACGUGAUUUACAUUAUUCUUCGUAAUUUUGGUGGCCGUAUCAUGGGCAAUUUUGAAGUUAUAAAAGGGGGGACUCCGAGCCCCCUUUCCCCCUGUUGCAGGAAGAAAAAAAAUCCCGGUCAGACGGAUUAAUUAAUUAUUUGUUUCAGUGAAAAUUUAGUUUCUUUAAACUUUGUUUAUUUAUUUUUUAUUUAUUUAUCUAUUUUGCGUGCAAUUCUUGCAAUUAAAGCCAUGCUGGGUACUAGAUAAUCGGGUAAUAUGUUGAUAACUUGAAAUUUUAAGCUAACUACCAACCUAUCCAAUUGCUUCUCCUCAAAACAGACGGCAGUUGCUUUCUUUUUGUAGAUAACAUUAAAGAGGGUCAGCCAACUUAUCAGGAGCUAGAGCUUCUAUCAGGGGAACUCGAAACGUGGAAACCCUUGGGGCGUCAACUUGGUUUUAAGGAAGCGGAACUGAUUGCUGUCCAUAAAAACAACGAAGAAUGGUCCGAAAAGAAGAUUAAAAUGUUGAUAAAGUGGAAGUGGCGGAAAGGCACAGAUGCAACUUACGGAGUUUUGUAUCGUGCCCUUUGCUAUUCAACCGUAGGGCGGACGGAUUUAGCGCAGACGUUUUGUUGCCAUCGGCUACAGGCGACAUGUAUUUCGACCAAGUAA